UCUCUCUCUCUUUCUCUAUCCAUUUCCAAUUCCAUGACUUUUGUUUUGUGGGUCAGAAUAAAAAGUAGAAAUACUGAGAUUGAGAUUCCAAAACAAACUAAGAAACUGAAGCUAUUUUGUUUGUGUGGUAAUCCCCAAUUUCCUCCACAGCCGAAAUGAAAGCCGUUUUAAAGCCUCUGAUAAGCUUAACCACCAUAGUUAAACCACCCAGACCAUCCUCUUUUUCUUCUUACGCUAGCAUUAACAAAGUUCCAGUUUUGUUCUCACUUGCUCCUCUUCUCACUACCACUUCUUUUUCUUUCUCUGCAAUUCUCUCUGCCCCUUCCCGUUUCACUUCUUCUGUUAUAUAUGCGACCCCGGAGAGCCAAUUGACUGAGGGAGUAGACACCAAUACAAGAGAAUGGGUAAUGCAAGAUUUUUAUGCUCUAAGGAAGGAUGUUGAAACUGCCUCAGAGCGUGUUGAGGAGAUUAUAGCAUCGACUGGUCUGCAGCUACUAGAAAAGGAACUUGCAGAUUUAGAAUCAAAAGCAGCUGAUAGCUCCUUUUGGGAUGAUCGUGCCAAAGCUCAAGAAACUCUUUUGGCACUGACUGAUGUCAAAGAUAAGAUAAAUUUGCUCAAUGAGUUUAAAACCAAGGUUGAAGAUGCAGAAACUAUAGUUAAGCUAACGGAGGAGAUGGACUCCAUAGAUGCUGCACUUCUGGAAGAGGCCGUCAGUGUCAUCAAAGAACUCAAUAAGGCAUUGGACCGAUUUGAGUUGACUCAACUUCUUUCUGGUCCCUAUGAUAAGGAAGGGGCAGUCAUCUCUAUAACUGCUGGUGCUGGAGGCACUGAUGCACAGGUAAUAGUGUUUUUAUGUGGGUAAGGCAACAUGAAUGAUUUGUGUUUCUUUCUCAUCAGAUAAAAGAACGAUGUUAUAGCUGCAAUGUUAGAUAGGGUAGUGUAGGAUUAGUAAAUGGGGGCUGGGCAUUCUUUGAUGUCAUGCAAAAUUUUUGUGAGCAUCCCAAUGUAAAAUAAAGAGUUAAUUACACACAUUUAGUACCAGAAAUUUGACAAAAUGUACAAAUUGGUACUUGAAGAAAACAGUGUACAAUUUGCAUCCUGAAUUUUUAAAUCCUGUACCAUUUUAACCUAAACUGUAACAUCAUUAACCCAGUCACCAUGUGGUGUCUAACCAAUAUUAUCACGUCAUGUGUACAUCACAUGGAACCAUCAACAUCCUUUUCAAUUCCAAUUAAACAAUAAAAUGUUUUUUUUUUUUUUGCAUGAACGGUAAAUAUUCCUUCCAAGCCCAACCAAUUGUUGAGUGCAACGUGGCUUCCGUUUGGAUUUUUCACAAAAUAUUUAGCAUUUUUUGGUUAACAUGUGGUGUAUGCUUGACGUCAUUAUAUUGGUCAUAAGCCACGUAGGUGGGGGUUGAUUGUCUUAGUGUUUGGGUUACGUGGUACAUUUUUUGAAAGUUUGCACUUAAGGUACCAAUAUUUACAUUUCGCUAUAUUUUGGGUACUAGAUGUAUAAUUAUCUCUAAAAUAAAUGGGCAAAUAGUUGGUGAGGCCUGGCUUAAAUAUAAGGGCAGAAUAAAUCUGAAACAAACUAACGCGAGAUAGCACCACUUAACACUUUUAGAACAAGGAAAACAAACAAAUAGGAAAAAGUGGGACAACAAACAUGAAUAAACAACAAGGGAACAAAAAGCAUUGCCUCUAAGACCAUGUUGGGCAUCCAUCUUAAAACCAAUUUGCAAUAGAUAAAUCAGCCUAUCUUGAAUGAAGGUGCAAGAAACUAAACCUAAACUGAUGUGGGAUGCUAAAAUAUACUUAGCAGAUUAGCUGAAGUAAAGGUGUAUGAAGUAGACUUUAAUCAUAGGGCUUACAGUUGCUCUAGAAGAGGGCAAAUGUUGAACUUCUCUGGGAUGAGAAAUUCAUAUAGUAUUCUAAAGAUUUUUCAGAUAUAAGGGUU